GGCCUGGAGCAUAGUGAACCUUUUCUAGGUACUGAGUGGGAAGGAAUAAGAAUUAACAAAUCUAAACGUCAAUAAAAAAGUGCCUGCUUUCGGAUGAUAACGACCAAUACAAAUCUCUCCCGACUCCUCUCUUUAACUGUAUCUAUAGUCACCAAAACCUCUUCUCCUCUCCUCUCCUCUCCUCUCCUCUCGUUUUGCCAUUUCUCUUCGUCUCUUCCUUUCUGCUUCAUCAUUUCAAGAACAAUCAGAAGAAGAAGAAGAAGAGCGAACGCAAGCGAACGAGAGAGAUAAGAGAGAAAGGGAGGUGGCAGGGUAGGAGGCUAUUUGCAGAAGAAGAUGGAGGUGAAAGCGAAUGGUUUGAAGAAAGAGGAAUUUCAUCAUCCGAAUCUCGAUGGACCGACAAAUCCAAUGGUUACGCCUCUUCUCACAGAUCUCUAUCAGUUCACCAUGGUUUAUGCUUACUGGAGAGCCGGCAAGAAUCUUGAACGAGCUGUGUUUGAUUUAUUCUUCCGGAAGAACCCCUUUGGAGGUGAAUAUACCAUCUUUGCUGGCCUAGAAGAAUGCAUUCGGUUCAUUGCCAAUUUCAAACUUACAGAGGAGGAAAUUUCCUUUGUCCGUUCAUCAUUGCCUUCUAAUUGUGAGGAUGGUUUUUUCGAUUAUCUUAGGGGAAUUGACUGUUCUGAUGUUGAAGUGUAUUCUAUUGACGAGGGAUCAGUUGUUUUCCCAAAGAUACCCUUACUAAGAGUUGAAGGGCCCAUUGGUGUAGUUCAACUUCUGGAGACUCCUUUUGUGAACCUUGUCAAUUAUGCUUCAUUAGUUGCUACAAAUGCUGCAAGACACCGAUUUGUUGCUGGGAAGUCAAAAAUUCUACUCGAGUUUGGGCUUCGUCGGGCACAGGGGCCUGAUGGUGGAAUAAGUGCAUCAAAGUAUUGCUAUAUGGGUGGUUUCGAUGCAACAAGCAAUGUUGCUGCUGGAAGAAUGUUUGGGAUACCACUUCGUGGGACACAUUCACAUGCCUUUGUUAGCUCAUUUAUGAGUCCUGAUGAGAUUGUUGACAAAUCUAUCCGCAGUAGUGAUGGAUCAAGUAUUUGUGAAGAUUUUGUUAGUCUGGUGCAGACCUGGCUAAGCAAAAUUCAGUGGACAGGCUCAUUGCGUGGCAUUUUUGGUGAGACCAACCAAAGCGAGUUGGCAGCUUUCACGUCAUAUGCAUUGGCAUUCCCUGCUAAUUUUCUAGCCCUUGUGGACACAUAUGACGUUAUGAAGAGUGGUAUUCCCAACUUCUGUGCAGUUGCUCUAGCACUUUCUGAUUUGGGGUACAAAGCAGUUGGAAUUAGGUUGGAUUCUGGUGAUCUUGCAUAUUUGUCUAGUGAGACGAGGAAGAUCUUUUGUGCAAUUGAAAAAAAAUUUGGAGUGCCUGGAUUUGGAAGGAUGGCUAUUACUGCGAGCAAUGAUCUUAGUGAGGAAACUAUAGAUGCUUUGAACAAGCAGGGACAUGAAGUUGAUUCAUUUGGUAUAGGCACACAUCUUGUUACAUGCCAAUCUCAAGCAGCUCUAGGUUGUGUUUUCAAGUUGGUUGAGAUAAAUAAUCAACCUCGCAUAAAACUUUCUGAAGAUUUAUCAAAGGUGUCGAUACCAUGCAAAAAACGGUGUUAUAGAUUGUACGGGAGAGAAGGUUACCCCUUGGUGGACAUAAUGACGGGGGCAAAUGAACCACCUCCAAAGGCAGCAGAACGGAUUCUGUGUCGUCACCCUUUCAAUGAAUCUAAGAGAGCAUAUGUUGUGCCGCAGCAUGUUGAGGAGCUACUUAAGUGUUACUGGCCUGGAGGUUCAGGUAAAGCAAGAGAAGAGUUACCGCCUCUUCAGGAGAUAAAGGAUCGCUGCAUGCGACAGCUUGAUCAAAUGCGGACUGAUCACAUGAGACGACUAAACCCAACACCUUACAAGGUGAGCGUAAGUGCAAAAUUGUAUGAUUUCAUUCAUUUCCUUUGGCUCAAUGAGGCACCUGUUGGGGAGUUGCAGUGAAGAUGAAUGGGAAAAGUAAUACAUGAAGCAUCAUUGUCAUCUGAAUAAAACUAUGAACCCGAGGGUAAGAACCCUGACUGGAGUAAUGAGCGGAGAGUCUCGAAAGGAGAGUAAUCCGUGGAGCUGCUGCAAAGGGAAAUGAGCAGUGAUUUGGUUAUUUCUUGCAUUAAUUUGCUUCUCAUUUGUAAGUAAUAGGGGUUGAAUCUUGCAAUUUAUGUAUAGCAUUCCUCCAUUUGAAAUUCAUAGCUAGAGAGCAUUGUUUGGAAUUUUUCUGCUGGAAA